AUGGCAAAGCUCACUGAUCUAUCCAACGAACUGCUUUAUUGCAUCGUCGCGCAUCUUGAAACAGGUCGCUGGUCCGAUGUCAGAGCACUAUGGCGAUCAUGCAAAACAUCCCGCGCGCUGGCAGCUGUUGCGCAACCAGCGCUCUACACCUGCGUGGUACUAGGACAGUCAAUACCUGAAACCAUGAGACCUCUUGAGCUUUUCUUGCGGACCUGUGUCGAAUGCCCCGACCUCGGAAAGAAGACACGAGCGCUCACUAUACAUUACCAUCGACCAAUCCCGCACAACGGACCUGAACUUGUCCGCGAUGCCACUUUCAAGAGCAUAUCGGCAUUAUUGGCAGGUCAGAAUCCCGAAAGCGAACGGAACAUGUUAUUCCAAUCGCUUGUGUUAUACACACUUGCUUGUCUGCCCAAUCUGGGGCAUCUUCGUAUGGAUACACACAAUCUGCCUCCUCGCGGACUGCUGCAAGGGAUGCAUGCGAUGAGAGCUUCGGAUGACGCCUUCCUCGCUAAGUUGCAGACGUUUCAUUUGCACAAGCAUUUCGAUAACCAGCCAAUCAACAUAGUUGACUACAUCCCGCUCCUGCGAUACCCAUCGUUCACUUCAUUCUCUACGGAGAACGAAGUAUCGGCCGGUAGUGAUGUUCAUCCUGCCACGAACGUACUGACACCAUCGGCGAUUGAAUUGUGGUGGAGUCUUGGGCCACUCGCUACAAUGCGACAAGCUCUGGAUGCAUCUCCUCGGUUGGAGACGUUCAAGUUGGUCCUCCCCGAUGGCAGGCGUCAUGGGGGUAUGUUGCCAGACGACAUAGCGAGCCAACCACUCGUCAGUCCACAAGACCUGGGGAUGGCGCUACUGGAAAAGCAUAAGGCAACUCUAAAGACGCUAGAGUUGCACUUUAACUGCUAUUACGACAUGCGCGACGAGGAGUUUCAACAAGACAUGGAAGAGCACGGCGAAGACUCGUUUCACUACGUGUACCCCUCGUUCCGCGAUUUUGAGAUGCUAUCGCACAUAACGAUCCAGUUCGAGAAACUUACCGACCUAUGUCACUUACCAGAGUCAUUGGAAUAUCUGGAGCUGCAGGAUUGCGAUUUCGACGCCGACUUAAGCGAAGACUGCCUUCGUGGUAUGCUAAAGCUGAAGGACACAUGGUGUCCGCUGAUCGAGCAGCUGUCUCUUCAAGGUUUUAAUGUAUCAGAAGCCAUCGACAUGAUACGGGAAGUUGCGAGAUCCUUGGAUUUGCGAAUCUCUGAGUCACUUGGCAAAGGUCUUCUUUCGUUCCCCAACCUCUGA